AUGGCAGGAGCUACAGGUUCUCAUGGUUUUCCUGUGCCUGGUAGAGGAUAUGUGUUUGCUAGUAAACUACUUGGUGGAUUUGCUGCAUUUUGGAUUUUAUAUCGUGGAAAGCAAGAUUUUCCGGGAUUAAAACAUCCUUGGGAAGCUCAUGGUCAUCAUCAUGGUCAUUCACCAAUAAAAGACUCAACUUUAUUGAAUGAAGAAAAGAGUUAA